GUCUGAACUUAAAAUUCAAGUAUCCUACUUACCCCGCUUUUCCAUCUAUCAGUGAUUUGUACCUACCUUGCAACUCGGCGUAGCUGUCUUGUGUCCUUUUCGCUCGUUGCCAUGAGGAUGAGCUGUGGAUUGAAUGCAGAGCUUGUACAUUUUGUUGCAGUUUUAAAUAGAGCUUCUGAUCAGAAAUCCUACUUCUCAAAGCCCUCUAUCUGCAGACCCAGUAUCAGUCCUCUUUCUAAGCAACUUUGGCUGCGGCCCAUGGCUGCUGAAGAAGUAGGAAUGAGAAACGCUAUGAAGAGGAGAUCCUUAACAUCAAAUUCUAAGAAUAGUGGUGUGGGGGCUCUGACAUAUAAGGAUGCAGGUGUUGACAUAGAUGCCGGGUCCGAGCUAGUUCGAAGAAUCGCUAAGAUGACUUCGGGUAUUGGAGGCUUUGGUGGCCUUUUCCCACUUGGGGAUUCGUAUCUUGUUGCUGGCACAGAUGGUGUGGGAACCAAACUUAAACUUGCAUUUGAGACUGGAAUUCAUGAAACUAUUGGAAUUGAUCUGGUGGCUAUGAGUGUCAAUGACAUUGUUACUUCUGGGGCAAAGCCGUUAUUCUUCCUUGAUUACUUUGCCACAAGCCACCUUGAUGUUGACCUUGCUGAAAAGGUUAUUAAAGGCAUUGUUGAUGGAUGUCAACAGUCCAACUGUACACUUCUAGGGGGAGAGACAGCUGAAAUGCCAGAUUUCUAUGCUGAUGGAGAAUAUGAUCUCAGCGGUUUUGCUGUCGGAAUUGUAAAGAAGGAUUCAGUGAUUGAUGGGAAAAACAUCUUGGAGGGAGAUGUUCUCAUUGGGCUUCCAUCUAGUGGAGUCCAUUCUAAUGGGUUCUCUCUUGUUAGAAGGGUUCUUGCUCAUAGUGGCCUUUCUUUGAAGGACCAACUUCCUGGUGAAUCUAUCACUUUGGGUGAAGCUCUGAUGGCACCAACUGUUAUCUAUGUUAAGCAGGUCAUUCCUUGUCUCCCUUUCACAAUUUGCUUCUUCUUCUUGGGUAUUAUAAAUCGGAGAGGCCAAGCUUCAUUGCUAGGGAAUGGAAGUAGGUGA